AUGAGUGCGGCACCCACUCUCACUGCUCCUGCAGCACCUGCAGGAGUCUCGCUGGCCAAUCUGCUCGAAGGCGGCGUCAAGGUCAAAGUGUCGUCCGGCUCUUCCAAGGAGGCAAAAAACGUGCUCGACGGAUGUGCCGAAACAUGCUGGACCUCGGAUCACUUGGCGCCCAACAGCGACCCCACCACGGCACGCAGUUUCCUCUCGUUCAAGCUCGGCCACCCCAUCGCCCUUUCGCAGCUGCACAGUCUGUCGCUCACCUUUGCCGGAGGUUUCAGCCCUAUGAGCCUCAGCAUCGCAACCUCCGAGCAAGAUGGCAAGACCUGGACACCGCUCACCAACCAGAUGCUCUUCCCCAACGACACCAACGCCAAGCAGUACUUUGACCUCACCCACCUCGUCCACGACGGCGGCAAUCCCGACAACACCGCCGCCUGGAUCCGGCUCGAAUUCAUCGGCAGCACCGACGACUACGGCAGACUCACCGUCUACCAGACCGAAAUCUUUGCUCUGCCUCCCUCCUCGCAUCAAUCAGCAUAA